UCUGCCAGGGAAUUGGUGUUUUGAAGACUCUUACAGCUUUUAAUCCUCGUUCCCUUGGGAAUACAAACCUUUCUAAUCAUGUCACCGGCCAUGUGGAAAUGGACUUGCCUGGUUUCUCACCUCCUACUAUCCACCACAGUGUCGCCUCUUGGCAGGCAGCAGCCACUCCACCCAAAGAGGCCCUUCAUCACUUUCACUGGAGACCAAGCAGAGGGGAACUUCAACCACUUGGUGGUUGACGAAAGGACUGGGCACAUUUACUUGGGAGCUGUCAACAGGAUCUACAAACUCUCCAGUGACCUGAAGGUCCUGGUGACCCAUCAGACUGGUCCUGAUGAAGAUAAUCCCAAAUGUUAUCCUCCCAGGAUAGUCCAAACCUGCAAUGAACCCUUGACGCCCACUAACAACAUAAACAAAAUGCUCCUCAUAGACUACAAGGAGAAUCGAUUGAUAGCCUGUGGGAGUCUUUACCAGGGCAUCUGCAAGCUUUUGAGGCUGGAUGACCUCUUCAAGCUGGGGGAGCCCUUCCACAAGAAGGAGCAUUAUCUCUCUGGGGUGAAUGAGAGUGGCUCUGUUUUUGGAGUCAUUGUUUCUUACAGCAACAUGGAUGACAAGUUGUUCAUUGCCACUGCCGUGGACGGCAAACCUGAGUAUUUCCCCACUAUUUCCAGCAGAAAGCUCACCAAGAACUCCGAGGCAGACGGGAUGUUUGCGUAUGUCUUUCAUGACGAGUUUGUGGCCUCUAUGAUCAAGAUCCCCUCAGACACCUUUACCAUCAUCCCUGACUUCGACAUCUACUACAUUUAUGGCUUCAGCAGUGGUAACUUUGUCUAUUUCCUAACUCUACAGCCUGAGAUGAUCUCACCACCUGGGUCCACCACGAAGGAGCAGGUUUAUACCUCCAAGCUGGUCCGGCUUUGUAAGGAGGACACAGCCUUUAACUCCUAUGUUGAGGUGCCCAUUGGCUGUGAGAAGAACGGGGUGGAGUACCGGUUGCUCCAGGCAGCCUACUUAUCUAAGGCUGGAGCCAUCUUAGCGAGGUCUUUGGGUGUUGGCCCCGAGGAUGAUAUCCUGUUCACAGUCUUCUCCAAGGGGCAGAAAAGGAAGAUGAAGUCCUUGGAUGAGUCUGCUCUUUGCAUCUUUGUCCUGAAGAAGAUCAACGAUCGCAUUAAGGACAGACUGCAGUCCUGCUACAGGGGAGAGGGGACAUUAGAUCUGGCCUGGCUCAAAGUCAAGGACAUUCCCUGUAGCAGUGCGCUGUUAACAAUUGAUGACAAUUUCUGUGGCCUGGAUAUGAAUGCCCCCUUGGGAGUAUCAUCCAUGGUGCGAGGGCUCCCCAUUUUCACUGAGGAUGGAGACAGAAUGACAUCUGUGAUUGCCUACGUCUACAAGAACCACUCCCUGGCUUUUGUGGGCACCAAGAGUGGGAAGCUCAAAAAGAUCCGUGUGGACGGCACCACCAAGAACACGCUGGAGUAUGAGAUCGUGCAGGUGGUGGAUACUGGCCCCAUAUUAAGGGAUAUGGCCUUCUCCAUGGAUCACGAACACCUCUACAUCAUGUCUGAGAAGCAGCUCACUCGGGUGCCCGUGGAGUCGUGUAGCCAGUAUGAGACCUGCAGCGAGUGCUUGGGCUCAGGCGACCCUCACUGUGGAUGGUGCGUUCUUCACAACACGUGCACCAGGAAGGAGCGAUGCGAACGCUCCAGUGAGCCGCGGAGAUUCGCCUCGGAGAUGAAGCAGUGUGUCCGGCUCACCGUGCAUCCCAACAACAUCUCCGUCUCCCAGUACAACGUAUUGCUGGUCUUGGAGACCUACAACGUCCCUGAGCUGUCAGCGGGAGUCAAUUGCACCUUCGAGGACCUUUCAGAGAUGGAUGGCUUGGUGGUGGGCAGUCAGAUCCAGUGCAUCUCGCCAGCUGCCAAAGAAGUGCCCCAGAUCAUCACAGAGAACGGUGGGUGCCUGUCAUGUGUGGAGAGCCCAUACCGGUGUCACUGGUGCAAGUACCGCCACGUCUGCACUCACGACCCCAGCUCCUGCUCCUUCCAGGAGGGACGAGUCAAGCUGCCCGAG